UAUGGCCGACGGAAGGGUAGCUUUCAUGGGGUCCAUCGGCGAAGCAAAAGAUUUCUUUUCAUCGCAAGGCUUAGAAAUAUGUGAUAAUUAUCUCGAAUGGAAUGCAAAUAAAGUUAACUCUGGAUAUAAUGUGCAUAAUAUGUGUGCAUUAAACUUGGCAACACUGGGGUCGGGCUAUAGGGCUGGUUAUUGGCAACAACUGGUUACUAGUAUGACAGUAUUAUUUGGGAUACUCUACUACGGACAGGGAUAUGACUACUCCAACGUCGAUAAUAUCAAAGGGGCUCUUAAUAUGAUAUUAACGAGAACUUCAAUGACACAAUCAAUGGUCGCACUCAUUACAUUAAUAGGAGAGGAAGCCUUACUUUUUAGGGAACACCACAACCGUACGUACGCUUUGUUCCCAUAUAUAUUGGCGACCUUUAUUACCCAGAAAACAUAA